GCUGGAAGCCGCCGGGCUCACAGGUGCUUUACAGGAUGCGGGCGUCCGGCCCCGGCCCCUCCUCUGCGCUGCUUGCCUUCGCCUCCCUGCUGCUCAGCUGGCCCGGCCAAGCCUCGGCAGCCAAGGAGCUCAAGUUCGCCGUGGUAUUAUUUCGGCAUGGAGACCGGAGUCCCAUUGAAACCUUUCCUAAUGAUCCCUAUCAAGAAUCUGCUUGGCCUCAGGGAUUUGGACAACUGAGUCAGCUUGGAAUGGAGGAGCACUAUGAGCUUGGAACCUAUCUAAGGAAAAGAUAUUCCAAAUUCUUGAAUUCUACUUACCACCCACAUAAGGUUUACGUCCAAAGCACAGAUAUUGACCGGACCCUGAUGAGUGCCAUGACAAACCUCGCUGCUCUGUUUCCACCAGAAGGUUCAAGUAUUUGGAACCCCCAAAUCCUCUGGCAGCCUAUUCCAGUUCAUACAGUCCCACUUUCCCAAGACCAGUUGCUGUAUUUUCCUAAUACAAAAUGCCCUCGAUUUAAAAAGCUUCAGGAAGAAACUUUGAUGUCAAAGGAAUAUCAAAACUUGAUUUCUCCAUAUGAGGAUUUUAUAAAUACUUUACCAGAGCUUUCAGGACUCCAUAUCAAGGACGUUUCUAGAAUCUGGACUCAGAUUUAUGAUCCUUUAUUUUGUGAGAAAACUCACAAUUUUACUCUACCCCCCUGGGCCACCGCAGAAACCCUCUCAAAGCUGGAGGAGCUGUCUAAAUUAUCUCUCUUGUCAAUCUUUGGAGUAUAUAAACAGAAAGAGAAAGCUCGACUUCAAGGAGGUGUUCUUGUGAAAAACAUUGUCGAUCAUUUCAAGAAUGUUGCCAAUAAAACUAAUGAGAAAAAACUCAUCAUCUAUUCUGGACAUGAUACUACUAUUGGUGCCCUGCAGAUGGCACUUGAUGUUUUUAAUGGACUACUCCCCCCUUAUGCUGCUUGCCACAUAAUGGAACUACACCUUGAAAAUGGGCAAUACAACGUUGAAAUGUUCUACCGGAAUGACAGCCGGCAGGCUCCUUAUCCCCUCACCCUGCCAGGCUGCACAUCCAGCUGUCCGCUGAAGCAAUUUGUGGAACUGGUCUCCCCUGUAAUGACAGAAGAUUGGUCGAAGGAGUGUUUCAGCCUUAGUAAAGACCAAGUUCUGAAGAUAGCACUGACUGCCUUUUGCCUCUCAUCUGGUAUUUUGAUGGUGUUGCUGUUUAUCCUCUUCCAUUAUGGACCCUGCAGAAAGAGGAACCCCUAUCAUUCUAUUUAAAAGGAUGGUUAAAGAAUAGAGGAGCUAUACUAGUUUCCUGGUAUGACAGAUCUGUUUUUGAUGCAACUUCAAAGAAAUGGCAUUCAUCUCAUGGGGAUAUUUCUGCCUAGACUAAUCUGUUCAAUUCUGUUUAGAGCUUGAAAUGAAAUCACAGCAGUUCAAUAUCUGCCACCAGAUUGACAGCUAAAGGCAAACACAACUUGGUAUUCACCCGUCACCUCAGAGCCAUCAACUGAGACUGACAAUUUUAUCUGGCUAGGUAGGAAGGUGGUUCCCUGAUAAAGAACUGUUGUGUUUCAUACAGGUAAUAUUAUUAUGCCAUCUCACCAAGAGAUCAAAAUGAUCGGUGUAGGGCAUAUUAAAAAUCCAACUUUAGAUCACCUAUUUCUCAAAGAGAGUGGAAAAAUGAGUAGCUGGACAAAGAAUAAGGGUAAAGAAAGCUAGAUAUAGAGGAAUAGAGGAAAGAUGAAAGACUAAAAGAUAGUUUUCAAGAACUAAAGAGCAACUAUAAUUUGUAGAUGAUCUUUAAAAAAAAAAGUUAAGAUGCGGCUAGGAUAUAGAAACAGAAAAUAUAGUUUGAGUUAUAGCAACAGAUUUCUAUUUAGAAUGUUUUCAAAUCUCCAAGAAGAGACUCAACUUCCUUAACUUGGAAUAUUAAUCUUUUAGUUCUAGUUUCAUCCAGUGUGAUGCUAGAAAAGAAAAGGUAGAAGAAUUGGAAAUGUCUGCAAUGAGAAAACAACUAGAAAAUUCAUGUAUCAUGAUUCUGUUUGCAAGACUAAUAUUUAGAUUUUUAGUUUUAUCUGGUUUUAACAUAAGGGAUCAUGCCAUAACAAGAGUUAAGGAUAACUAUGGUUAAAUGGAAAUAUAUUUCAACCUUUGCAAAUUUCAUAUCUUGCAUUUUAUUAUUCUGUAUCUAAGCUCAGCUCUUAUUUUCUUAGUGGUACUUUACCGGCACAUAUUUCUUCAUCUUUAAAAUGAGGGGAUUGGAUUCAAUGACCACCAAGGUCCCUGCUAGUUCUAAAUUUUAUGAUCCUCUGAUUUCAUGUUAAUAAAAGAUUAGCUUUGAACUAUUAAUAGAAUAGCCAAUUCAUGAAUUGGCUAAUGAUUUUUCUGUGGUGGACAUUAAGAUGGUUAGAUAUAGUAUCCUUCUUACCUCAAGGAUAGUAGUUGAAAUAUUUUUAUGAGACAGUGAUAUAGAUAAAAGAGUGUUGGAUUUAAAGUCUAAAGACAUGAGUUCACAUUUUGCUUUGGAAAUCUACUGGCUAGGUAGCCAACCUCUCAGUUUCCUAGGCAAAUCUCUAAGAUUAUAAUAGGAAGGGCUGGUGUGCCUUGUUCAUAAAAGCACCUCCCUGGGAGCUCCCAACACUGAUGAAAUCACAGGUUUUAUCCACCAAAAAGGAAAAAAAAAUCUAUACCAAUUUAUCACAAUUAAAGAUGAAAAAGGAAAAGAUACCUUGGGAAAAUCUGCAUUCAAUUUUUUAACCAAAGAAAUAUCAGAAGUCUAAGGGAUGUGUAGUACUCAGUUUUAGACUUACUAAGCUGUGUGACUUUGAGCAAACCACUUAACUUCUGUGUGCCUUAACCCUAAAAUAAGUAUAAUAAUCAUUUCCUCACAUGUUCUCGUGAGGAUCAAAUGAGAAAAUAUUUGAAAAGUGCUUAACACAGAGUACAUAGUAGGAACUUUGAUAAAUGCCUGUUUUCUUCCUAUCCUAUUUUUCUGCCUCUGUCUAUGUCUCUCUCUAUUUCUCCUUGUCUCUCUGUUUCUCUCUUUUUCUCUCCCUUUUUUCUUCUUUCCCUUUCUCCCUUCCCCACUUUCUCUUGUUAAUUUUUUCAAUUGUCAAAUUUUUUUCCUUCCUCACAUCUCUCCCCACCACUAGAAAAAAAAAGAAACAAAGAAAGCUCAAAAGGCAUUUAGAUCUGAAAGGGCCCUUAGAGUUUGUUUAGCACAAUCCCAUCAUUUUGCAGUGGAGGAAACAGGAACCCUAAGAGGUUAAUUAAGUGACUUAGCCUAAAACCUUAAAUCAGUGGCAGCUUUGCAAUUUGGAGCAGCUAUAUGGCCCAGUGAAUAGAAUGUUAAACCUGGAAUCAGGAAGAUCUGAGUUCAAAUUCGUCCUCAGAUGCUCACUAGUUGAGUGACCUUGGGCAAAUCUUUUAACCUGUUUCAAUUUCUUCCCUUGGAAGAAAUGGACGUCUUGAUAGCACCUCCCUGCUAGGGUUUUUGUGAGGUUCAAAUGAGAUAAUGUUGUAGAGUACUUCAUAAAACUUAAAGCCCGAUGUUAGCUUUUGUAAUUCUUAGAUACUGAGAGUGUGGGAGAGGUAAUGUCUUUUUCUCUCCUCUCUCAUUUCAUGAUAAAAAGAAUUCUAUUUACCAUUUCCCCCUCCCCCAAAAUCCAAUUGAGCCUCCCAUGGAUGAAAAUUAGGUCUGCCCAGAGUCAGUUCAUGGAGCUACAAUGUUGACAAAUGCUAUAAUUAUUUUUUAAGCUUCAUGGCAGAAUGAAAAACCGAUGGUGACAAAUGAUCCAUAACAAUAAACCAAAGAGAACAAAUGCAUCCUCUAACAUUUGUCAGAACACAAACUGAUCACAUGGCUUCCAGAUCCAAUUUCUCAGAGAUGAUCUAAAUUGGCUACACUCACAAAAGUGACUUUUUUCAGAUGCAGCCAAAAUGAUAAGGUUCUUAGGAUAUUAAUCAUCUAUCUUUGCAUCAUAAUAAAUGCUGCCCACAAUACAAUCCUCAGAACUUCAGCAAGCACAAUUGCUCAUUUUAUGGACAGUCCAGAUAGGUGAUUGAAUAAGAUUAGCAACCAGUGUCAAGAGGGACAUAGUGAGAUUUUAUAAGAGGCUAGAUUGCCUAAAGUAGAAAUAUUAGGGCAUUUUUGAGGAGAAAAAGAAUUAAGUGAGACCAUUAGACAAUUAGUCUAUUUAAGACCAGAAUGAUUACUGAUGGGAAAGUAAGCCUUUUGUCCCCUCAGGGUCAUUGGGAUAUUUCAGGUGUUCUAGGAAAAAAUCUUAUCACACCUAAUCAUGUUUUCCCUUUUAUACUAGCACCUGCUUUCCCUCCUUUUAGAGACAGCUAGGUAAUAUAGUGAAUAGAGCACUGGAUCUAAAAUCAGGAUAGUCCUGAGUUCAAAUCCAAUCUCAGAUGCUUAUGAGUUUUAUCUAUUUCCCUAGAUAGGAAAGAUCAUGCUGUCUUAGUUUUUUUCUUUCUUUCCUUUUAUUUAUUUUUUUUUGGUUGUUUUUGUUGUUUUUUUUUAAUUAAAGCUUUUUAUUGACAAAACAUAUGCAUGGGUAAUUUUUCAACAUUGACCCUUGCAGGUAGCCUAAUACAUGUUAAAUAUAUUAAAGUAUAUGUUAAAUCCAAUAUAUGUAUACAUAUUUAUACAGUUAUCUUGCUGCACAAGAAAAAUUAGAUCAAGAAGGAAGGAAAAAAUACUAUGAAAGAAAACAAAAUGCAAGCAAAUAACAAUACAGAGAGUGAGAAUGCUAUGUUGUGGUCCACAUUCAGUUCCCAUAGUCUUUUCUCUGAGUGUAGAUGGCUCUCUGCAUCACUGAACAAGUGGAAUUGGUUUGAGUCAUCUCAUUGUUGAAGAGAGCCAUGUCCAUCAGAAUUGAUCAUCCUAUAGUCUUGUGGUUACAUGUACAAUGAUCUCCUGGUCCUGCUCAUUUCGCUCAGCAUCAGUUCGUGUCAGUCUCUCCAGGACUCUCUGAAAUCCUCCUGCUGAUCAUUUCUUAUAGAACAAUAAUAUUCCAUAACAUUCAUAUUACAUUAUUUAUUCAGCCAUUCCUCAACUGAUGGGCAUCCACUCAGUUUUCAGUUUCUUGCCUAAUCUACAAAAAGGGAUGCCACAAACAUUCUUGCACAUAUGGGUCCCUUUCCCUUCUUUAAGAUCUCCUUGGGAUAUAAUCCCAGUUGUCUCAGUUUUUUCCACUUGUAAAAUGGGGAGCAAAACAUGUGGCGAAUACUAGCACCUACUCAUCUCUCUCUCAAGAUUUGUUUUGAGGAUCAAAUGAGAUCAUAUUUUUAAAGCUCAGCACAGUGAUGGGCACAUAGGGGCUUGAUAAAAACUUCUUUCCUUCCUCUCUUUAAAAAACAAUUUUUUUCAAUCAUCAUGCAUUUUUUUCUCCUUCUCAUAUUUUCCCCCCAUUAGAAAAAAGAAAAGGAAAAGGAAACGUUUAUAACAAAUAAAAGCUGUUGAGGCAGAUAGGUGGCACAGUGGAUAGAGCACCAGCCCUGAAGUCAGGAGGACGUGAGUUCAAAUUUGACCUCAGACACUUAACACUUCCUGGCUGUGUGACCCUGAGUAAGUCACUUAUAAUAAUAAUAAAGCUGUUGAACAAAAUUAUUCCCUCCUCUCUCCAAGCUUUCUGCCCCGUCUUUGUCUUUUUUCCUAGUCCUACCUUUGCUUGUGUUUUGGGAAAUUUCCAAGUAAUAAUAACUCAAAUGUAUUUAGCACUUGAAGGUUUGAAAAUUUCUAUAUGUUAUCUCGUUUGAUCUUCCUCACAACCUUGGGGAGAUAAGUGUUACAGCCCCAUAUAGCCAAUGAGGAAAGGGAGAUCCAGAGAUGUUAAGAGCUUUUUCUGGGGUCCCAUACUUGUAAGUAUCCAAAAAAGGCCUCCCUACCCAAUUCCUAGACUCCCCACUGUACACCUCACUGCUCUCCAAACAAAUAAACCAUUUGUGCCAUAGAAUCAAAGCAUCUUUUAGACCGAGUUUGCUCUUUGUAAAGAAAUAAACUUAAUUAAGUAAAAUGUUUUGUUACAUGUAAAAUGACAUUUCAAUUUAUAGAAUUGAAGAAAUAAAAUGGUCCAUUUCUUUUAUAA